AUGCAUAGUAACGUAUUUGUUGGUGUCAAACCAGGGUUUAAUCAUAAAAAACACAGCAAAAAGUCACGUUUCCUAGAUAAUGUAUCUAGUCAUGCGCCGGAACUGCCUAGUAACUACGAUUAUGUUUUGCUCCCUAUAACAACGCCAAGAUAUAAGGAGAUAGUUGGGCAAGUUUUCAAAGAAUUCCAAAGACAAUCCAUACAGAACUGGAAACCGCUUCGAGUUCCCGAGCCGCAGUUGCAGGAUAUCUGCAUACCUCCGUUCAAUGUCAACAAGCUAGACAAUGACGACACGCCGUCUUAUAUAGGGCUGUUAUCCUCUUGGCUAGAGUUGGAGAGUCGUGAUCCUACUGUAAGAGAUCUUGGCUUAAAGGUCCUUCUAAACGAAUGUAAGUACGCAAGGUUUGUUGGAAUCAAUAAGCUAAUAUUGGCGCCUCCACGCGACCUGUCCAAUCUGCAAUUGUAUGGGCAGAUGAUUUAUAGGCUUCUGCAAAAUCCGGUCGUCUUCACUACACCUGCAUUAACCAUAUCCAUCUCUCUGCCACUUUACGAAGACAGCGAUCCAUUGGCAACUUGGGAACUGUGGAAUACCGUGCGAAAACUAUGCGAAUACCAUCCAUCAUUGACUAUCUCUUUGGCUUUGCCAAGAACCAGGACGCCUUCUUAUGUGCUGAACAGAUGGUUAGCCGAACCCGUCUCGUGUCUUUUGGUCUCUUCAUCCAUAUUUGCCAGUAAUCAGUACGAUUAUCCCGUCUUACACAAGUUCAAUCAGAAUUUGAUUUUAAAGUUCCAGAAAAUUAAUGGAGAUUCACAAAUUUUGGGUAAUGAAUUAUGCGUGAUAUUGCAUGGGAUGGAGAAAUACGCUAACGAUGUUAAGGGCGGGGAAUCUGCCUAUUUGGAAUAUAUAAAUUAUUUAUUGAAAAGGGGUGACAAAGUAUUAAACUCCAAUGGUAAUCGUCAACUUUUGCUUCAAGAGGAGUCUAGGAUAAUGCCGCCUUUGAAGCCCCAUUCAGAUAAUUUAUUAAAUUCCACAUAUUUGACCUUUGAAAAAGAUUUGGUGAAAUACGACCUUUACGAAUCCGCCAUAUUGGAAGCGCUUCAAGAUCUUGCUCCACGAGCGAGUACCAAGAGGCCAUUAGUGGUUCUGGUUGCCGGUGCAGGGAGAGGACCCCUAGUGGAUCGAACUUUCAAGAUAAUAUCAAUGUUGUUUAUGGACAGUAAGGUUUCUAUAGUUGCCAUUGAAAAAAAUCCACAGGCAUACUUGUAUUUGCAAAAAAGAAACUUUGACCACUGGGAUAACAGGGUGAAAUUGAUCAAGGAGGAUAUGACUAAAUGGCAAAUCAAUGAGCCGUCAGAAAAGCGUAUGCAGGUAGAUUUGUGCAUAAGUGAACUCCUGGGUUCAUUUGGUUGUAAUGAACUAUCACCCGAAUGUCUUUGGUCUGUUGAAAAGUAUCAUUCGCACAAUGACACGAUCUUUAUACCGAGAUCAUACUCUUCCUACAUCGCACCAAUUUCAUCGCCAUUAUUUUACCAAAAACUUUUACAAACAAAUCGCUCUUUGGAGGCGCCUUGGAUAGUCCACAGAGUGCCAUACUGCAUAUUAUCCUCGAGGGUAAACGAAGUUUGGCGGUUCGAGCAUCCCAUGGCGCAAAAUGAUGUUGGCCAAGAAGAUGAUGAUUUCACAGUCAAGUUUUCUCAAAGUUCAUUGAAUGAAUUUAAGAUAAAGCACCGUGGUGAAAUCCAUGGCUUUAUUGGGUUCUUCUCGGCAAACUUAUAUAACAAUAUAUUCUUGUCGACUUUGCCCAAUGAUAGCACAGUCCGCUUGAAAUUCAGUGAAGAAACGCUAAUGAAUACCAGACAAGAAGAAAAUCUAAUCAAAAAGUGUGAUCAUACCCCAAAUAUGACCUCAUGGUCUCCAAUAAUUUUCCCUUUGAAACAACCAAUACCCUUUAUAGAUGAUUCCGAACUUUCUGUGUUGAUGUCACGGAUACAUUCGGAUACAGAACAAAAAAUUUGGUAUGAAUGGUCUUUGGAGAGUUUCAUAUAUCUUAUGUUGUCAAAUUACAAUUCAGUGGUUGCUGCAACAAGCAUCACUAUUCCCAGAUCUAUGGUUACUGAUGACAUUAAAACGUCAGGCCAUAAUCGCCAUUAUUCAGCGACAACCAAUCAAAAGUUAGAUAAUCAAAUUGAUCUUGAUCAAGACAUUGAAAACGAAGAAGAGCAGGGGUUCUUAUCCAAUCUGGAAACCGGUUGGCAAAGUGUACAAGAUAUUCAUGGACUCAGCGAAACUGCUAGACCGGGCCACCUAAGUUCUAUCAACAAGCCUAUGUUUGACCUCAAAUCGACUAAGGCACCCGAUUCUUCUAACGAAUCACCAAGACACGAAGACCUCGAGGAAGAUGCUCCAGAAAUUCAUGUCAGAGUCAAGACUGGUGCUUCGACGUUACAUAAUGUCUGCGGCAGAGCCUUUUCCCUGCCUUUGUGA